CUGAGAUUCUCAGAGGUGCCUUGCCCCACGCCCGCACCCCAGGACCAAGAACAACGGGAGAGGAGUCUCUCGAGGCAGCUGGCGGGGUCAAAGGGGACGGAAGUCUUGGCCCCGCUUGGUUCCCCCGAGAAUCGGGCCUUGUCCUGCCGGGCGGCUGGACCUGGGCAAAGCCUGGGCGUGCUCACGCGCGGCGGCGCCAUGAAGCGCGCGGGGACUCUGCGGCUGCUCUCGGACCUGAGUGCCUUCGGCGGCGCGGCGCGACUCCGGGAGCUGCUGGCCGGGGACCCAGCGGUACGAGUCCGCGGCAGCCCGGACGGCCGCCACCUGCUGCUCCUGCGACCCCCGGGGGCGGUAGCCCCGCAGCUGCUGGUCGCGGCGCGAGGGCCCGGCGCGGAGCUGGAGCGGACCUGGCCGGCCGGCCAGCCCUCCCCGCUGGACGCCUUCUUCCUGCCGUGGCCAGCGCGGCCGGCGCUGGUGCUGGUGUGGGAGAGUGGCCUGGCCGAGGUGUGGGGCGCGGGCGUGGGGCCUGGCUGGCGACUGCUGCAGAGCACCGAGCUGUGUCCGGGCGGGGGAGCCCGCGUGGUGGCAGUGGUGGCGCUCCGAGGCCGCCUGGUGUGGUGCGAAGAGCGCCAAGCCGGGUCCGAGGGCCCGUUAGGGCCGCCAGCAACUGCUUUCAGCCACUGUGUGUGCGUCCGGACCCUGGAGCCCAGCGGCGAAGCUAGCACCAGCCUAGGCCGCACGCACGUCCUACUGCACCACUGCCCCGCUUUCGGGCUGCUGGCCUCCUGCAGACACCUCUUCCUGGUGCCCACUGCCACCACCUGGCAUGGAGUGGCCCACGUUCUACUCAUCUGGAGCCCAGGCAAGGGCAAAGUGAUGGUGGCUGUCCCACGGCUUGGCCUCUCCUACAGUAAGAGUCUGAAUCCUGGACGAGGGGACACAUGGGACUUCCGGACCCUGCUCCGAGGCCUUCCUGGGUUGCUGUCCCCCAGAGAGCCACUGGCUGUACACACCUGGGCCCCAACUCCCCACGGCCUGCUGUUGCUUGACUUUGGGGGCACUGUGAGCCUAGUGCAGUCCCACGGUGGUACCCGGGCAGUGGGCAUCUUGCAGGAGGCACCUGUAGGCCCGCGGGGGUCUGCAACCCUAGGCACAUUUCAGGGCACUCUGGCCUGUGUGCUGGGCUCCACAUUGGAACUGCUGGACAUGGGCAGUGGGCAGCUGCUGGAGAGGAAGGUCCUAAGUACAGACAGGGUACAUCUGCUGGAACCGCCAGCCCCCGGCAUGGAGGAUGAGGAAGAGCUGGAGACCGGAGGGAGUCUUCGUCUGCUUUCAGCCUUGGGUCUGUUUUGUGUGGGCUGGGAAGCCCCACAGGGUGUUGAGCUGCCUUCAGCCAAGGAUCUGGUGUUUGAGGAGGCUUGUGGGUACUACCAGCGGCGGAGCCUGCGGGGUGCCCAGCUCACUCCAGAAGAACUGAGACACAGCAGCACAUUUCGGGCACCUCAGGCUCUGGCCUCCAUCCUCCAGGGCCACCUGCCCCCAUCUACACUGCUGACCAUGUUGAGGACCGAGCUUCGGGAUUACCGAGGCUUAGAGCAGCUGAAGGCCCAGCUGGUGGCUGGCGAUGAUGAGGAGGCUGGUUGGACUGAGCUGGCGGAGCAGGAAGUGGCACGCCUGCUGAGGACCGAGUUGAUAGGAGACCAGCUGGCCCAGCUCAACACCGUUUUCCAGGCCCUUCCUACAGCAGCCUGGGGUGCCACCCUCAGGGCCCUGCAGCUCCAGCCAGAUGGGAAUGGCAAGCUGAGGUCCCAAGCACCCCCUGAUGUGUGGAAGAAAGUGUUAGGGGGGAUAACCACUGUAAAGGAACCCCCCAAUGGAAUACUGCCCCCCUUUGAACUCCUCUGCCAAUGUCUGUGCCAGCUGGAGCCUCGAUGGCUACCACCUUUUGUGGAGCUGGCUCAGCAGCAGGGUGGGCCGGGCUGGGGGGCAGGGGGCCCAGGACUGCCCCUGUAUCGCCGAGCCCUGGCAGUGCUAGGUGAGGAGGGGACCAGGCCUGAGGCUCUGGAGCUAGAGCUGCUCUUGAGCAGUGGGCGGCCCAAAGCUGUGCUCCAAGCUGUCAGGCAGCUGGUGCAAAAGGAGCAAUGGGAUCGGGCUCUGGAUGCAGGCCUGGCCCUCGGCCCCUCCAGUCCCUUGGUUCGAAGUGAAAUCUUCAAACUGCUGCUGGCUGAGUUUGCCCAGCACCGCCGGCUUGAUGCUCACCUCCCCCUCCUUUGCCGCCUGUGUCCACCAGAACUGGCUCCAGCUGAGCUCCUGCUUCUACUGAGGACAUACCUCCCAGAUGAGGUGGGGCCGCCUACCCCAUUUCCUGAGCCUGGAGCAGAGCCCCCUCUCACUGUGGGCUUACUCAAAGCCCUGCUGGAGCAAACUGGGGCUCAAGGAUGGCCCUCGGGCCCAGUUCUAAGCCCAUAUGAGGACAUCCUAUGGGACCCUAGCACUCCACCCCCGACUCCACCUCGGGACCUAUGACUGCCUUUCAGGCAUCAGAACACUCACGACCUGGAGGCUUGCUUGGACAGGUCCUCUGUGUCACUGACACAGGAAAUCAUUUCUGGGACACAGUGAUCAGGGAAGGGUGCCUGGGACUUGGAGGGGCCCAUGGUGGACCUGUGUAUGCAAUAUUCUUCAGCCAUCUGGAGCUAUUUUUAAGAUAUGUGUGUGUGUUAAAUAUAUACAUAGUUUAAAAUAUA